CCGUUACAACUGUCAAAGUCUGAGGCAACACUGGACUCUGAUUUGCACAUCGACGUGUCAAAAUACGUCGUUGUCACUUGGCAGGGACAGGAAAAUAAAAGUAAAAGUUUUUCCCUGUGUUUACGCCAAUUCCUUUGUGCAAUUAUAAAAAUAAUACACUUGUGCACACGUUGUAAUCCAAAAAUAAUACUUCAGUUCGUGGUGUACAAACAGCAGAAGCAAAAUGGUUUUAGCAGAUUUGGGUAGAAAAAUAACAACUGCCUUGCACUCGUUGAGUAAAGCCACAGUUAUCAAUGAAGAGGCCUUAAAUUCCAUGCUGAAGGAAAUCUGUGCUGCCCUCUUGGAAGCUGAUGUCAAUAUUCGUCUGGUCAAGCAAUUACGUGAAAAUGUUAAGGCUGUCAUCGAUUUUGAUGAAAUGGCUGGCGGCUUGAACAAGAGACGCAUGAUACAAAGUGCUGUUUUCAAGGAAUUGAUUAAAUUGGUUGACCCUGGCGUGAAACCAUAUCAACCCGUUAAAGGAAAACCAAAUGUUAUUAUGUUUGUUGGUCUUCAGGGUUCCGGUAAGACCACAACUUGUACCAAAUUAGCCUAUCACUACCAGAAACGUAAUUGGAAAUCAUGUUUGGUGUGUGCUGAUACAUUCCGUGCUGGCGCCUACGAUCAAGUAAAACAGAAUGCCACCAAGGCUAGAAUACCUUUCUAUGGUAGUUACACUGAAAUUGAUCCCGUAGUAAUUGCCCAAGAAGGUGUGGAUAUGUUUAAACGUGAAGGUUUCGAAAUGAUUAUUGUCGAUACUUCGGGUCGUCACAAGCAAGAAGAAUCAUUGUUCGAGGAAAUGUUGGCGGUUGCCAAUGCUGUUAAACCCGACAAUAUCAUAUUCGUAAUGGAUGCCACCAUUGGUCAGGCUUGUGAAGCUCAAGCUAAGGCUUUCAAAGAAAAAGUUGAUAUCGGUUCAGUUAUCAUUACAAAGUUGGAUGGUCAUGCAAAAGGUGGUGGUGCAUUGUCAGCUGUAGCGGCCACAAAUUCUCCUAUUAUUUUCAUUGGUACCGGUGAACACAUCGAUGAUUUGGAACCGUUCAAAACGAAACCAUUCGUUAGCAAAUUGUUGGGUAUGGGUGAUAUUGAAGGAUUGAUCGACAAGGUCAAUGAGCUUAAACUCGAUGGCAACGAAGAACUGUUGGAAAAAAUCAAACACGGUCAAUUUACCAUUCGUGACAUGUACGAACAAUUCCAAAAUAUAAUGAAAAUGGGUCCAUUCUCCCAAAUUAUGGGUAUGAUUCCCGGUUUCUCCCAAGACUUUAUGACCAAGGGUGGAGAACAAGAAUCGAUGGCACGCAUCAAGCGCAUGAUGACUAUGAUGGACAGUAUGUGUGAUGGUGAACUCGACAAUCGUGAUGGAGCCAAAUUGUUCAGUAAACAACCACAACGCUGUGUUCGUGUUGCCCAAGGAUCGGGUGUCCUCGAACGGGAAGUUAAGGAAUUGAUAUCACACUAUACAAAAUUUGCCGCUGUUGUCAAGAAAAUGGGCGGUGUUAAGGGCUUGUUCAAACAGGGCGAUAUGACCAAAAAUGUUAAUCCCACACAGAUGGCAAAACUCAAUCAACAAAUGGCCAAAAUGAUUGAUCCUCGUAUGCUGCAACAAAUGGGUGGUGUUGGUGGACUACAAAAUAUGAUGCGACAACUACAACAGGGAGCUGCGGGUGGUCUGGGCGGUUUAGGGAAUCUAAUGGGCUUUGGCGGAAAGUGAGGUUAAUGUGCUGUGACUUUGUCUAACAAUGAACAGUACCAUUGGAAAUCUAAACAUAUUUAUUUACUUUGUUUGGGUUUUCUUUAGUUUAUUAUUUAGCAAUAUUAUUUGUUAAGUGGAUGUUUUGUCCGAACUCCCACCCUGUCAUCAUAAUAAUUAUCAGAAAAAUAUAUCAACCUGUAUGCAUUGUAAUAUUCCGGUAUAAGUUGUUAACAAUAGAAAAGAAAAACAAACGGUUUAUGUUGUUUAAACAAAUCGUUCAAAAAUUCCCAGGAAUUACGCAUGUAGUUCAAUUUGAAUUAAGACAUCUACAAGACCAUUUGAAAUACUAUACUAAAAAAGAAAUGAACAAUUUUAGUCGUUUAGUAAUAUAUUUCUAAAUUGAUUAAAAUAAAAAAUUCGUGUUUUAUAUUAAACUAUACAUUUUUAUUUGAAA